CGCGUGGCGCGCCGCCCGCCUUGCGUAGCGUAGCUUCAGCUACAAGUUACAACUUAGAAACUUGUUUUGUGAUACUUGGAUAAACGGUUAGACAAUGAGCGAGCGAGGCGCUCGACGCGGCCCCGGCGCACCUUUCUACGCGCCCUUGCGGCGGAAAACGUCUGCUGAGAUCAUCAGUGAAGCAAGAGCUGCUAUUUACGGCGAGAUGAGCGGCACGUCUAGUGGUGGUGGCGCUGGCGGCGGCUUGCGUCCGCUGCGCACGCGCCGACCCUACACACCUCGCGAACCACAGAGGUCGCUAUACACCAACAAGAAAGAACCAAGACCGCCUAGUGGCUUUGAUCUGAAGUACCUGAGUCUGUCGGAGAGCAGUGAAGAAACUCUGACGGAUAUGGACGCUCGGAUCGCUCACCUGGACGAAGAGGCCCUUAAUGAAAUGCUCACAGACACUCGCAGCAGGAAAAAGCCUGCGGUACGCAAGGACAAUCGAAAUGCCGGGGUGGGGGACAUGUGGGGAGGAUUCACCAAACUGCCCCACCUCAGCGGUAGGAGCAAACCUUUACACAGGCGUAACACCACCGGGCAAGUAAAUUCUGAAGAAUUAAAACCCGAAGUCAACUUGACUCAUGCUAUCUCGGUGUCUCGUCCACUGGGUGACUCAGACAGUACCACUGUCGGCACAUUAAUGGGUGACGUCGUUAAUGUUAAGGAUGGUGUAGUAAAACGCAAGCAGUUCGUAGCUACGAAGGCAGCGUCUUACGACGUUGCCAGCUGUACGAGCGGGCUGCGAGCUGACAUCGAUGUAAAACAUCUCGCCGUUCAACUGCCCAACACAUCAUCGGACAGUUUGGAAACAAUGACAUUACUGGAACUAUCAGAAGCGCUGUCGCAGCGGUGUCGUGACUCGAACCGCACUCUGCAACUAUUGGAAGCAGUCGUGGCCAACGUACAGGCCGUCACGCCGGGCGGCAGUCUGCGCGACCUGCUCAUUCGCUCUCUGUACAUGCACAUCGACAGCGAAGACGACAGGGUCCUCGUCGCUGUUGCGCAAGCCAUGCUUACUAUGCGAGUGACUGGUACACAUUUGGCAGCUGCCUGCAAGCUUGUCUUCAAGAUAGCUAAGAACGACAAAAACGAUCACUUCUUUAAGACGACCAAUUUGUUGGAGUUGUUGGUGGAGGGUUGCGGGCGCGCGGAGCCGGUGUCGGAGAGCGCGUGCUGCGUGUACGGUUGCGCCGCGCUGCGCGUGCUGGCGCUCGAGCCCGCGCUCUGCGCGCGCGCAGCCCGCGCCGGCGCCACCCACCUCGCCGCAUUGCAUCUCAAGAUACUUAAUAAUGCUAAAGCAGAGUCGCCCCGCUCCCUAGACGAGCAGAGUACGCAUGCGCUGUACCAAGUGACGGGCGCGCUGCGCAGCCUGGCGGGCGCCGUCGAUGAGUUUGCGCAGGAGUUCCUCGCCAGCGGCGCGCUACCGGAGCUCGUGAACGCGCUGGCACUACACACUGACAGGGACGUGCUCACUAACGUGGCCAGGUGUCUCAGCGUGGUGUCGGGGUCUGCGCCAUGUUGCGCGUGGCUGUGCGGCCGUGAGGGCGCGGCGCGCGCGCUGGUGCGUGCGCUGGCUGCGUGCGCGCCGCGCGCCCCGCUCGCCGUGCGACUCGCCUACACGCUCGGGAACAUGGCCGCCGCCGACGAACGCGCCAGAAAUGACAUUUACAACGAGGACGGCGCGAUAGACGUGCUACUUACAAUAUUGGAAUCGUACACGAAGAAGAACCCGCAAGAUCUGGCUGACGUCGAGGCAGACCCUGAUCUACACCUUGUUGGUUCAGAUUUAGGCGGAUCGGAUGGUUCAAAUGAAGAUGUUCUAAUCAAGACUGUUCGUGUUGUUGCAAACUUGUGUCUGGCGGAACGCGUGGGUCGAGGUCUGGCGGACAUACACGCAGGACGGAUUGUCAACUCUCUACUUGCUUGCCUACAACUUGCUGAGAGGAUUAUUGCACAUACGGACAAAUCUUUGCCAGAAAAUAUACCACCGGUGGAGCGCGCCGAAGAAUUGGCGACGGCGGCGCUGGCUACCCUUAAUAACAUGACCUUCUACCGCGAGCCGCCAGACCCACCAGACCCACUCCACGUGCCCAUUGACAAUAUAUGCAAAGCGACGUGUCGCUGGCUGAGCGGACGCGGGGCGGCGUCGUGCGAGGCGGUGCGCGCGCUGGGCAACGUGUCGCGCGCCACGCGCACCGCGCAGCUCAUCGUGCUCGAGGGGGCACUCGACAGGCUCGAGCCAUUCCUCAACCACGUUGAGAUAUUGACGGUGGAGUGUCGCAUGUGCCCAGAGGACAGCAGCGUGCGCUGUGCGGCGGCGGGCGUGCUGGUGAACGUGUGCGGCGCGGGCGCGGAGUGCGCGGCGGGCGGGGCGCUGGCGGCGCGCGCGCUGGCCGCCGCCGCCGCGCGACGCGACCCUCUGCCCGCGCCGCUGCUGGCGCGCGCGCUAUGGAACGCGCAUGCGCACCACCCCUACCCGCUCUCGCCUAUACACACGCACGCCGUCUCCGAAGCACUCGCUGUCUUUAUUGAUGAUGAAUCUGUUUUUGCUGCUUGCGAAGCAGACAAGCUGGGAGAACAAUGUGCAAAUAGUCAAAAUAUUUCAAAACACCACGUAACAUUCGACUUGGAGAACAAUAACUACGCCCCCGACACAUCUUGCUACGAUACCACCUCAAAACGAAUAAGUCGCAAGAACAGUCUAGAAAAAGACGGUGACGUCACAGGGGAGGACUUAGGCUUUGAGGAGGGUGAUGUGGAGGAGUGCUGGUGUGAGCCCUGCCGUCGCCUAGCCUCGUGGGACGAACUUGUAGGAGUCGCCAUACCCUUGUUAGAGAGAUUGCGACCUCCACGGGCAGACGCCUCUGUCGGCACAGAGUAAAAAAGCAAGUCAUACCGGACCACGUGAGAUGUUUUGAAUUCGGAAUAAAAGAAAAAAGUCUGCUAGACUUUGGAUUGUAUAUGGCCAGUGACUUUUGUAUUAUUUUUAAAAGGAUAAAUAUUUGAAACGUAAUUAAAGAAAAAGUUGCAAGGUUGUGAAUGUUUGGUUAAAUGCAUGAAAAAAAUAAAAUUUUAACAUAUGGAGUUGGAUGAUUAUUAG